AUGCAAUCCCUCGACCUUAGCUAUAACUGCUUCGCUGGUCCUCUUCCUGUCAUUUUUAGUCUGCCGAAGCUGACGGAUGUGAACGCCGUCCAAAAUUUCUUCUCGGGCGGGUUACCGCAACGUCCUGCUGCGUACGCGGCGGCUAAGCUGUCCUUUUUAACUUCCUCCUAUCAUCGCUUCCCCCACCCCUCAGACCCCAUCCCCGCUCUCCGCAAAGGCCCCAUUCCCACCUUCUGCCAGGAAGGGCAGCAGCUCACCUUCCUCAAUCUCGCUUCCAACGCCCUCUCCGGCCCGCCCACCCCGCUCUCCUCCCCCUCCUGCUCCGCCUCCCUCGCCUCUCUCAAGCUCGCCUCCAACCGCCUCUCCGGCCCCAUCCCCGCUACUAUCAGCUCCUUUACAAACCUCGAGCGCCUGCGCCUUGACAAAAACUCUCUUACAGGAGCGAUUCCAGCCGGUGUGAGCAAUAUUAAACACCUGCUAGGACUCGGAUUGUCAUACAACAACCUAUCGGGAAAAAUGCCCUCGGUUUGGCCAGGAGGCAUACGGCAAGUGCUGAUGGCGGGGAAUCAGCUGUCAGGGGCUGUUCCGGCUGCUCUGAGCAAGCUGAAGCGAGGGUCGUUCAAACCAGGGAACCCCGACCUGUGUGGGACACCACUGCCUGCUUGUGCUUAG